AUGGAGAACCAACAGAACCUGGACCUGGAGAAUCAGGAGAACCUGGGCCAGAACCAGGAGAACCAACAGAACAUACAGAACCUGAACCUGGAGAACCAACAGAACCAGAACCAGGAGAACCAACUGAAAAAGAACCAGGAGGAAAAACAGAACCAGAGAACCUGGAACCAACAGAACCUGGACCUGGAGAACCAGGAGAACCUGGGCCAGAACCAGGAGUACCAACAGAACCUGGAGAACCAACAGAACCAGAACCAGGAGAACCAGGAGAACCAACAGAACCUGAACCUGGACAACCAGGAGAACCUGAGCCAGAACCAGAAGUACCAACAGAACCUGGAGAACCAACAGAACCAGAACCAGGAGAACCAACAGAACAUACAGAACCUGAACCUGGAGAACCAACAGAACCAACAGAACCCAGAGAACCAGGAGAACCAACAGAACCAGUUGAACCAGAACCUGGAGAACCAAAUGAACCAGAACCUACAGAACCAGAACCUGGAAAACCAACAGAACCUGGAGAACCAAAGGAACCAGAAACUGGAGAACCUUCAGAACCCAGAGAACCGACAGAAUCCGGAGGAGCAACAAAACCAGAACCUGGAGAACCAAAGGAACCAGAAACUGGAGAACCUUCAGAACCCAGAGAACCGACAGAAUCCGGAGGAGCAACAAAACCAGAACCUGGAGAACCAAAGGAACCAGAAACUGGAGAACCUUCAGAACCCAGAGAACCGACAGAAUCCGGAGGAGCAACAAAACCAGAACCUGGAAAACCAAUAGAGCCAGAACCAGGAGAACCAAUAGAACCAGUAGAACCAACAAAACCAGAACCUGGAGAACCAACAGAACCUCCAGAACCAGUAAAACCUUCAGAACCAACAGAACCCGAACCAGGAGUACCAACUGAACCAGUAAAACCAAUUGAACCAGUAAAACCAACUGAACCAGAACCAGGAGAACCCAGAUCAGGACCUGGACCUGGAGUUCUGGGCCCCCACCCAGUGGUUCUGCCUGGAAUCCCUUUCAAAAUAAAACACAAACAGGAACCAGCAUGGAGAGUUCGGAACUGCCACCGGGGGCGCUGACGCCUCCUGUCGGCAGCAGAACCGCCAUCUUUGAUCCGCAGAAUGAGAAUUAAUAAAAGAUUAAAAUCGG